GUGCAGUAAUGUUUUCCGCUAGGGUCAAAUCUCGCGAAGUUUCACGUGGCAUCCGGGAUAUUUUCCUUUUCUCGGCCUCUUUCCCUUCCACCAUUUUUCAAGAUGCCUGGUGGUGUGACAGUUAAAGACGUGAACCAGCAAGAGUUCGUCAAGGCCUUUGCUGCCUUCCUCAAAAAGUCAGGUAAACUGAAGCUGCCAGAAUGGGUGGACCUGGUCAAGACUGCACCACACAAGGAACUGGCGCCCUAUGACCCUGACUGGUUCUACCUCAGAGCAGCGUCCACAGCCAGACACUUGUACCUGCGUGGUGGGGUCGGCGUUGGCGCCAUGUGUAAAAUCUACGGCGGUCGUAAGCGCAGAGGCACCAAGCCUGCCAAGUUCCGCAUCUGCUCCCGGGGCGUGUCCAGGACGGUGCUCCAGGCGCUGGAGGGAGUCAAGAUGGUGGAGAAGGACGCUGCAGGUGGCCGCAGGUUAACUGCCCAGGGGCAGCGGGAUCUGGACCGUAUCGCUGGUCAGGUGGCAACCGCCAUGAGGAAGGCCCAGUAACGUGGGCAGAACACAGGAGAGUCAUGUCAUAGAAAUAACCUCUGGUGGAAAUAAAACUUCCAAGGUUUCCUCAG